AUGCACGGAGAAAGAGACGGACGAACAUUAUCAUCACCGCCUCCAUCCAUGCUUACCGAUGAGACAAGUAAGAAUGAUAACAAUCCUACAACAUCAUCAUCAUCAUCAAAUAAUCCAUCGACUGAAUUAGCUUAUCUUCCAAUUGGUUGUUCAGUUAGUGCAAAAUAUCGUGGAGCAUUUUGUUCAGCACAAGUCAAAGCAAUCGAAAAACAAGUGAAGUUAAAAGUAUCGUUACUUGAUUGUGGUGAUACAAUAACAAUAUCUGAAGAACAAAUUGUUCAUUCAGGUUCAUUACGUAUUGGUAAUACAGUAACAAUACGUUUAGCAUCAUCAAAUCGUCGUCAAUCAAAUGAUUCAAAUCCACCUCAUCAUUAUUCUCGUAGUGGUUUAGCUGCAUUUAUAAAUCCAACAAAUCCUGAUGAAAAACAAGCAACGAUCAAACAAAUUAUUGACAAUAGUAUUUAUACUGUUGUAUUCAAUGAUGGAGAUGAAAAAUCUUUAAGACGUUCAUCAUUAUGUUUACAAGGUAUUCGUCUCUAUCAAACACAAUAUGGACAACAAAAAAUCUUAGAAGAAAUUCCAACAACAACACCAGCAACAUCAAUAUCACCACCACCUUCAGUUACACCAGCGACUGAUACAACAAAUAAUAAUAAUGCGAAUGAUAUAUCAUCAAUUGUUGCUAUUAAACGACAAGGAAAUAAUGAUCAACCAGUUUUCCCAGCAUUAGUACUUAAACGUAAAGCAUUAGCUGAUUAUAUGUGGGUUAGAAGUUUUGUUGAUGGAAGAGAAUAUAUUGUUCAUACACGUGAUGAUGUACAAACCUAUCAAAAUAAUCCAGAUAUUCAAGCUUCAUGUCGUUCAACAUCAAAACAAGCCACACAAGCUUGUGAAAAAUUUAUUAAAUAUAAUCAAAUACCAGCUGUAUGGCAAAAAAAGAAAAAGAAACAAUUUAAAUCAGAUAAUAAUGAUGAUGAAAAUACAAGUGAAAGCGGUUCAAGUUCAUCUGAAUCAGAUGAAGAUGAUGAUAUCGAUGAAGAAACAACUGAAGAAAAAGAUUCAUUUGUGGCACAAUUAUUUGCUUUUAUGGAUGAUAGAGGUACACCAAUAAAUAAUAUUCCUAAAGUUCAAAAUUAUGAUCUUGAUCUCCAUCGUUUAUUUAAGAUUGUUCGUAUGUUAGGUGGUUUUAAUAAGGUAACAAAAAAUGAUCAAUGGGAUACUGUUCAUAUAAAAAUGGGUUUACCCGAUGAAACUUCAUCUACAAAUGGUCGAUCAAUAGAACAUGCAUAUAAAAAAUAUUUAUUUGCUUAUGAAGAUUUAUCAAAAAAAUUAGGUUCAAUGAAUGCACCAAGUGCUUAUUUUGGUGGUCGAACAAGUAUGAGUAGUGAUUCACGACGAAGUUUAAUACGUGUACGACAACAACAACAUGAAGAAGAAAAAAAUCAAAAGAAAAUCAAUAAAUCGAAACAAUCACCAGCAGCAGUUAAACAACGACCUCGUAAAAGUAAUGAAUCUCGAGCAUCUGUUGAUUCUAAAGCAACUUCUGCAUCUUCUACUGCUACGAAAAAACCAAUACCAAAACCUUCUACUAUAACUAAAGGAAGAGGACCUAAUAAAGCUAAACCAUCAAAUGUUCUUUCAUCGAGUACAUCGGAUUCUGAAAGUGAAUCAGAAAGUGAAACAUCAGAUGAUGAAUCAAGUCGUUCUUCAUCGUCACAUUAUCAUAAAACGAAAACCAAACCUCCACCAGCAACAACAUCAAAAAAGUCAACUGUAACUGCAUCAGCAAUACCUAAAAAGAUUAAUCCAUCUGUAUCAUCAUCAUCAUCAUCAACAACACCGACAACUAAAACUGAUGUUAAAAAAAUCUCAACAAAUACAAAACCAAUAUCAGCAGCAGCAGCAGCAGCAAAUGAUAGUAAACAAUCAAAAUUAACUAUAACAAUACCGAUUGCUAAACCUAAAAGUCAGUCAACAAGUUCAAAUAGUGUUCAAUCCGUUAAAAAAGCUAAUCUUACAUCAACAAUUAAAGAUGAAAAGAAAAAACCUAUUGAUACAAAAACACAUCCAAUUAAAACUGAGCCAAAACCAAUUCCAUCAUCAGUUACUAAAAAACCUUUAAUUCCAUCUUCAAAAACUUCUCAAAUACCUAAAGCAACUCAACAACAAAAACCAUCCACAACGGAAUCUACCAAAUCAACAACAACAACAACACCAGCAAGUAAUAAAACACCAUCAUCUCUAUUACCAUUUAAACCGAAAACAACUCAAUCACAAACAUCAGCAAAUAAUAAUAAAGAAAAAGCAGCAGUUUCAAAACCGGCAUCAUCAUCAUCAUCAUCAACGACAACAACAGCUGAUUCUCGGCCAGUUAAAACAACUAAGAUAAAUUCUGCAACAUCAAAAAAUGUUUUACAAGAACGAUCAGUUUCAGUACCCGUUAAGAAAGCGAAACCAAUUCUCCAUGAAGAAGUUUCGACGAAACCUGUUACAACUCCAUCAACAAUGAAAAUUCCAAAAAUAUCUGCAAAUAAUGAUUCUACUAAAACAUCAACACCAUCAAUUGAUAAAAUUCCUAAAAAACAAAUAACAAAAGAAUCUACAGUUAAAACACCUAAAAUACAAGAAAAUACAUCAACAAAUAAACCAAAUACGGAAUCACAAGCAAAACCUCAUACACCAUCUCCAACUCGUUCAACAUUUUCUGAACCAAUUAAAAAGACUAUUUCUCGUGACAUAUCUCCGUUACCGGUAAUACCAGCAUCACCUUCACCACCACCACCACCGCCGCCGCCGCCACCACCACCACCAACAUCAGUACCAUCCGUACCUUCUAUUACUGAUGAACCAAUAAUACCAAUAAGUUUACCAUUGCCACUUAACAAUACACAAAGUUUGAGUUAUCCAUAUGAAACAACACCAGAAGUAAAACUACUGGAAACAGCACCUUUAAUAUUUCAAUCUUCGUCAAUAGAUCUUAAAGAAUCAAAUGACAAUGAAACUAUUCCAUCAACGUCUAAUAAACGUUCACAUUCAGAUGAUAAUUCUGAUUCAGUUUUUAUUCCAGCAUCGAUAUCUGGAAUUGAUGAUCAAUUAUCUCCAUCAAAACGAGCUAGACGUUCAAUAUCAUCUCAAGAAAGUAUUGAGACAUUUAGUAGUAAUGAUCAACCACCAGCAAUAGAUAAUAUAUCUGCUAAUCGUAAUACUCAAUUAACAUAUGAAGAUAUCUUAAUAAAUGAUAUAUUACUUGUAACAUGGGGAAAUCAUGGAACAAAACAAUAUCCAGCACGAUGUAUUGAAAAGAAAGAUGAAAAAAAA